GGAAGCCGCUGCUGUGGAGCCCCUUCAUCCAGCGGCCGCUGCACAAGAGGAAAGGGGGGCAGGUCCGCUUCUCCAACGACCAGACCGUCGAGCUGGAGAAGAAGUUCGAGACUUACUGGCUCCAAGACUACCCCGUGCCUUCUCUCGUUGUCGUUGCUCAGGUCAAAACGUGGUUUCAGAAUCGCAGAGCCAAAUGGAGGCGUCUAAAGCAGGAGAAUCCCCAGGCCACCAAAAAAGAAGAAGUGGAAGGUGCUGACAGUCACAGUGACCAAAGGCCGGAGAGCUGCCAGACCCCAGAGCAGAAGGGUAAGGAGGUCUCUCUGGAUGGCUCACAGUACACCCCCUCACCAGCCUCACAGGAGGACCUGGAGUCAGAAGUCUCUGAUGACUCUGAUCAAGAAGUGGACAUUGAAGGCGAUAAAGGCUAUUACAAUUCUACCCACUAA